AUGCCUCGGCCAACACGUGAGUCUUACGGUGAUCAAAAACCACCUUUUUCCUACAUAGCACUGACGGCGAUGGCAAUUUGGAGUUCGCCUGAACGCAUGCUACCGCUGUCAGAGAUCUACCGGUUCAUCACAGAUCGCUUCCCAUACUACAGGCGCAACACGCAGAGAUGGCAAAACUCACUGCGGCACAAUCUGUCAUUCAACGAUUGCUUUGUAAAGGUGCCGAGACGGCCCGACCGGCCCGGUAAGGGUGCUUACUGGACUCUGCACCCACAGGCCUUCGAUAUGUUCGAGAAUGGAUCCCUGUUGAGAAGACGAAAGAGAUUUAAGUUGCAUAAAGGUGAAAAGGACAGUUUGAAUGCCGAAUUAGCUGCGCUGGCCAGUUUUAACAGAGCAUUUCUAGCACGACAAGCUGGUGCACCACCGCCACAAGCAGGUUUACCAAAUGGGAGCAUGUAUAACCCGUCAUCGACGUUUAUUUCAAGACCUAGUCCUGAGCCACCUGAAGCGCCAGAUACUGCGGCAUUGCUACCUCAAGGACCGCGGCCCCGGCGCGCUUUUACAAUAGAUGCUUUGUUGGAACCGGACCCACGACGGUCUUCGCCCUCUCCACCGCCACCGCAGCUGCCACCUCAGUUACCGCACUGCCCUCUCCCACUACCACCGCCCUAUCUGUUAGCUGCACAGCGCUACCAUGCGGAGCUGCUGGCGGGCCUGCAGCAGUCCUGCCUACCUCCGUUAUGGACAUGGCGAGAUACAAGUCAAUUUUCACAUUAUACGCUUAAUUCAUGA